AGAUGUCAAAACAACCACAUGUAGCAUGGGCUGAGAGAUUAGCCAUGUGGUAGGUUAAUUUAACGUUUUAAGAACACAACAAAAGAGAUACAAUCAUGACAGUUAAUCGUAUGGAGAAUGAGCAUAGUGUAUUGUCUGCAGUUCUUGCUUUUAGCCGUAAAGAAGUUGUUUUAACUAACGUAGUGCUCUUGAAUGUCUCAGUAAACAGCAUUGUAAAUCUAACCCGGAUUACAACAGGGUGUGUUAAGGAACUAAAUCGGCUCAGGGGAAUCCAGGGCAUGAGGAGAGUACGUGGGGUGUGCUCCUGGACUCUCCUGACUGAUGGGUGUGGAAAAGACGCUUCUCAUCUGAUUGACUGUGCGUCUGCAGGAGAACUUCUCCGACUGCAGCCCAGACUUAAAGACAAUCGGCAUGGACCCGUCCUACCAGAAGCACUUUGCGGUUGCUGACUAUGUGAUAUUUGCAGUCCUGCUUGCUGCCUCUAUGGGCAUCGGGCUAUACCAUGCUCUUUCAGGCGGACGUCAGCGCACCACCCAGGAGUUCUUGAUGGCAGACAGGAGCAUGAGGUGUCUCCCUGUUUCCCUGUCGCUCAUCGCCUCAUUCCAGUCUGCUGUGGCAAUCAUAGGCGUACCAGCAGAAAUCUACACUCACGACUGCGGCUUUCGAGCACUUACCAGUAUCUUGAAAUGCGCUUCAGCAAAGCGGUGCGCAUCUGUGGGACUUUGACCUUCAUCUUUCAGACAGUUAUAUAUAUGGGACUUUGUGUGUACACCCCUGCCUUUGCAUUAAAUGCAGUUACUGGAUUUGAAUUAUGGGGAGCAGUGCUGGCCACUGGCCUAGUGUGCACAUUGUACACAACAAUGGGUGGUUUGAAGGCUGUCAUCUGGACAGACGUCUUCCAGACCGUUGUGAUGUUUGCAGGGCAGCUGGCCGUCAUCGUGGUGGGAGUGCAGCAGACUGGAGGAGUGUCUGAAGUCUGGAGGAAAGUCCGGGAAGGAAACCGCAUCUCCGCUCUCGAUUGAUAUAAUUACAGCAUGGUGAUUCAAGAAAAUUUUUAUAAAUAUAUUUUAAAUAUUUAUAUAUAUAUAUAUACUUUUACAACCACUUUUACUACGUUUUUCUCUUACUGCAGGUCUUGCUACAUGGCAUUUCCCUCCCUGCAGUUGGCUCUGGCUCUAAGUUGUGUCAUGGGACUGGUCAUGUUUGCACGUUACUGUGGAGAGGAUCCCUCUGACAAGCUGGGCACCUCUUCAAAGGAUGCCAUGGUGAUAUACUUUGUGAUGGACAUGCUGCAAGGUCUGCCUGGACUACCUGGACUGUUUAUCGCGUGUUUGUUCAGUGCAGCUCUCAGCACCAUCUCUUCUGCUUUCAACUCUUUGGCCACUGUGACAAUGGAAGACCUCAUCAAACCACAUUUCCCCACCAUGACCGAGGCAAGAGCAACCCUGCUGUCCAAAGCCUUAGCUAUGUCAUACGGGCUACUGUGUCUGGCCAUGGCCUAUCUCACUCACCUCAUGGGAGAUUCAGUUCUACAGGUGGCUUUGAAGAUCUUCGGGAUGGUUGGUGGUCCCAUUCUUGGUCUGUUUUGUCUCGGGAUGUUUUUCCCGUGGGCCAACUCCACUGGAGCGUUGGCAGGUCUGGGGGCCGGUCUGGCUUUGGCUUUCUGGGUUGGCAUCGGGAGCAUCGUCACUCGUAGCUCCAGCACAAGACCGUUGCCGCCCUGCAGAGCCGUCCUGCUGUCAGACAACACAACUACUGCCAUACACACAGCACUCCUUAAUGUCACUCUGAGCCGACCCUCUGGACUGAAGAGAUUUUACUCAUUGUCCUACAUGUGGUACAGUGCAUUCAACUGCUUCACAGUCAUUCUAAUAGGCCUGAUCAUCAGCUUCCUCACAGGCCCUAUGAAAGAAGAAGAUUUAACACCAGGCACAGUCUAUCCCUUGUUAGGGAAACUGCUUUGCUUUCUGCCUGAACACCUCAAAAAGAAGCUCUGCUGCGUGACUCCUCUGGGACACACGCUCUCAGCACAACAAAGGCCAUCACAAAACAAAGAAAGCAAUGGGCUGGUCUUCCCACGAGAGGACAGGACAUCACAGGAAGAGACGGACACAUUUUUUCCUGAGGCUCACACACCUCUUGUGGAGCAUGAAACAACUGUGUGAUAUCACAGCUGUUUCAUGUAUGGCUGGAGAACGGUUAAAAAGUCUUUACACUUAGCACUUCGACUCAACCAGUAUGUAUUUUUAUUUCUCUUUUUGUUGCCUUGGCUUUGUGAUGAACGAUGUCAUUUAAAUUUGCACUGUCAAAUGCUGCAACUAGGUCAAAGCUGAAUAAUGUCUAGUCAACACAGGGUUGUUUAAAGAAAAUGCUUUAGUGUGGCUAAGCCUGUUUUAAUUUGACAGAAACAAGUUUAAUUUAUGCAGUAUUUGUCAACUUAA